AUGAAGAACAUACUUUUAAUCGCAGUUUUAAACAUAAUCUGCUGGAAGUUAUCUUUGACCUUAAAACCAAGAAUAGCACAAGGAUCAUUUGUUAAUAUUGAAGAUUAUCCAUACCAGGCUAAUUUAAUUGAUUAUGGAUCUGAUGAACGAACGUACAAAGAACCUAUCUGCGGUGCAAGUAUAAUUUCUAGCCAAUGGUUAGUUACAGCUGGUCAUUGUUUAGUAGAUAAACCGAAAGAAGAAUUAAAAGUAAGAACAGGAGCUACAUACAGAUACAACGAUGGUAAAGAACAUGAAAUUGACGAGAUGAUAAUCCAUCCUGAUUUUGAAAGAUAUUAUUAUACAAUUUCUAACGACAUCGCUCUUAUUAAGCUGACAGAACCGAUCGAAGUGAACAGUGUUCAAAAACCUAUCUUAUUGCCAACUUCAUUUGACAAACCUGUACCAGGAAAAAAGUUAACGAUUACAGGAUUUGGAAGAGAAGGCAUGAAUGACGACGGUAAAACACCGCAGUUAAAAGUUGCUAAGCUAACUAUUGUAAGCUUGGGCAAAUGUCGAGAGCUCUAUUAUUUCGAUCCAGUGACUGACAAUGUAUUAUGUGCGGGUACCGACGCUGCAAGCACUUGUAACGGAGACUCUGGAGGCCCAGCUGUUAUGCAUGGCAGACUAGCAGGAAUUGUUUCUUCAGGAUUUCUUUGCAGUACAAUUGAUAUACCGGCAACUUUUACGAAUAUAAAUAAAUAUAUCAAUUGGAUUUUGAAAUAUGUAAAAAUCUAG